AUGAGUAGUACAGUUAAAGUAUCAAAUACUCAUGAUGGAAAGAUUAAUCAAAUGAGAAGAGACUCAACCAUCCUCGGUGCCAUGAAUAAAAUACUCGUGGCAAAUAGAGGAGAAAUCCCAAUUAGGAUAUUUAGAACAGCUCACGAGUUGUCAAUGCAAACGGUUGCCAUUUAUUCUCACGAGGAUCGUUUAUCGAUGCAUAGAUUAAAAGCUGACGAAUCUUAUGCUAUUGGUAAAAAGGGCCAGUUUACCCCGGUUGGUGCAUAUUUGCAAAUUGACGAAAUCAUCGAUAUCGCAAAGAGACACAAUGUCAAUAUGAUCCAUCCUGGUUACGGGUUUCUCUCAGAGAAUAGUGAAUUUGCCAAAAAAGUCGAAGAAAGCGGUAUGAUAUGGAUUGGCCCGCUGUAUAAGACAAUUGAUGCUGUGGGUGACAAAGUAAGCGCAAGAACUUUGGCUAUUGAAAAUAAUGUCCCUGUGGUGCCAGGCACACCCGGUCCAAUUGAAGAUGUCAAUGAUGCUAGGAAAUUCGUUGAAAAAUAUGGUUUUCCCGUGAUCAUCAAAGCGGCAUUUGGUGGUGGUGGAAGAGGUAUGAGAGUUGUUCGUGAGGGCGAUGAUAUAGAAGAUGCUUUCAAAAGAGCUACUUCUGAAGCAAAAACUGCUUUUGGUAAUGGAACUUGUUUUAUUGAACGGUUUUUAGAUAAACCUAAACAUAUAGAGGUUCAAUUGUUGGCUGAUAAUUACGGAAAUGUUAUUCAUUUAUUUGAAAGAGAUUGUUCUGUUCAAAGAAGACACCAAAAGGUUGUUGAAAUUGCACCAGCAAAAAAUUUACCCAAAAAUGUAAGAGACGCUAUAUUGACCGAUGCUGUUACAUUGGCAAAAAGCGCUAAUUACAAAAAUGCCGGUACUGCAGAAUUCUUGGUGGAUGAACAAAAUAGGCACUAUUUCAUUGAAAUCAACCCAAGAAUUCAGGUUGAGCACACAAUUACCGAGGAAAUCACCGGUGUUGAUAUUGUCGCUGCACAGAUUCAAAUUGCUGCAGGGGCAACAUUACAACAAUUGGGUUUAUUACAAGACAAAAUUACAACGAGAGGCUUUGCAAUUCAAUGCAGAAUUACCACUGAAGACCCGGCAAAAAAUUUCCAGCCUGACACAGGUAAAAUCGAAGUUUAUAGGUCCGCAGGAGGUAAUGGUGUUAGAUUAGAUGGUGGUAACGGAUUUGCAGGAUCAAUUAUAUCACCACAUUAUGAUUCCAUGUUGGUGAAAUGCUCAUGCUCGGGAUCAACUUUUGAGAUUGCUCGUAGAAAGAUGUUGCGUGCAUUAAUUGAAUUUAGAAUUAGGGGAGUCAAAACCAAUAUUCCUUUCCUUUUGGCAUUAUUGACAAACUCAACAUUUGUUGAUGGCAAUUGCUGGACUACUUUUAUUGAUGAUACACCAUCGCUUUUCCAGAUGAUCAGUUCUCAAAAUAGGGCAUCAAAAUUGUUGUCAUACUUUGCUGAUCUUUACGUUAAUGGAUCUUCCAUAAAGGGACAAAUUGGAUUCCCCAAAUUGGAAACUGAAGCAUUGAUUCCAGAAUUGCACGAUCCAAAGACUGGUAUUUUAAUUGAUGUCAAUCACUCACCUGCACCAAGAGGAUGGAGACAAGUUUUACUUGAAGAGGGAGCAGAUGCAUUUGCAAAGAAAGUUAGAGACUUUAAUGGUUGCUUAAUCACUGAUACAACUUGGAGGGAUGCUCAUCAAUCCCUAUUAGCCACUAGAGUAAGAACUAUUGAUCUAGUCAAUAUUGCACCAACCACAUCGUUUGCUUUGAAAAGAGCAUUUUCUUUGGAAUGCUGGGGUGGAGCUACUUUUGAUGUUUGUAUGAGAUUUCUUUAUGAAGAUCCAUGGGUUAGAUUGAGGAAAUUGAGACAAUUAGUUCCCAAUAUUCCAUUUCAAAUGUUGUUAAGAGGCGCUAAUGGUGUUGCUUACUCAUCAUUGCCUGAUAAUGCAAUUGAUCACUUUGUUAAGGAGGCUAAAGAAAAUGGUGUUGAUAUUUUCCGAGUGUUUGAUGCGUUGAAUGAUUUAGAACAAUUGAAAGUUGGUAUUGAUGCCGUUAAGAAGGCUGGUGGUGUUGUUGAGGCCACCGUGUGUUAUUCCGGUGAUAUGUUACAGCCAGGUAAGAAAUAUAACCUUGAGUAUUAUUUGAAAUUUGUUGACGAAAUUGUCAAGUUGGGUACACAUUUCUUGGCUAUUAAGGAUAUGGCAGGUACUUUGAAACCAGCAGCUGCUAGAUUAUUGAUUGGAGAAAUUAGAAAGCGUCAUCCUAACUUGCCUAUACAUGUUCAUACGCAUGACUCUGCCGGUACUGGUGUUGCAUCAAUGAUUGAGUGUGCUAAAGCAGGUGCUGAUGUGGUUGACGCUGCAUCCAAUUCAAUGUCAGGAAUGACUUCACAGCCAUCAAUAAGUGCGAUCCUUGCAUCCUUUGAGGGAUCCAUUGAGACGGGACUUUCUCAAUCAUUGGUUCGAGAAUUGGACGAAUAUUGGGCGCAAAUGAGAUUAUUAUACUCAUGUUUUGAAGCCGAUUUGAAAGGUCCAGACCCCGAGGUUUACUCACACGAAAUACCGGGAGGUCAAUUGACUAAUUUGCUUUUCCAAGCGCAACAAUUGGGUCUUGGUACAAAAUGGUUAGAAACUAAGAAAGCAUACAAGAUUGCCAAUAAGAUUCUUGGUGAUUUAGUUAAGGUUACCCCUACAUCUAAAGUUGUUGGAGAUUUAGCUCAAUUCAUGGUUAGUAAUGAGCUUACUGAAGAAGAUGUUAAUCGUCUUGCGGGAGAAUUAGAUUUCCCAGAUUCAGUAUUGGAUUUCAUGGAAGGGUUAAUGGGUACACCAUAUGGAGGAUUUCCUGAACCUUUGCGUACCAAUAUGUUGAGCAACACUUCUCGUAAGAAACUAAAUGCAAGACCAGGAUUAUCGUUACCACCAAUUGAUUUUCAUCAAGUUAAAAAGGAAUUACGAUCACGUUACGGAACCCAAAAAAUUACCGAGACCGAUAUUGCUAGUUAUGUAAUGUAUCCUAAAGUUUAUGAGGCUUUUAGAAAACAGGUUGAGAAAUACGGAGACUUGAGUGUUUUACCAACAAGAUAUUUCCUUAAACCAGCAGCUGUCAAUGAAGAGGUUGUGGUUGAUAUAGAGCAAGGUAAGACAUUAAUUGUUAAACUUCUUGCUAUAGGGGAAAUAUCAGAAAAGACAGGGUUAAGAGAGGUAUUUUUCGAAUUGAAUGGUGAAAUGAGAUCUGUUACAAUUGAAGAUAAAAAGGCAUUAGUAGAAACAAAAACUAGACCAAAAGCAAUUCAACCAAAUGAUGUUGGUGCACCAAUGUCAGGAGUUGUUAUUGAGAUUAGAACUCAUAAACAUCAAGAGGUUAAAAAGGGUGAUCCUAUUGCAGUAUUAUCGGCCAUGAAAAUGGAAAUGGCCAUUAGUGCUCCUGUCGCGGGUGUGGUUGGUGAUUUAUUGAUUAAAGAAGGUGAUUCUGUUGAUGCUAAUGAUUUAAUCACUAGUAUUUUGAAUCAUUGA